AUGCUUUGUGAGCUCUACGACAACUUCACGACUAGGAUAUCGCCAUUCUGCAAGGUAGUCAUUAUCAGUGUGAAGAGAGGUGUUCGGCAGGGCGAUACCAUAUCGCCCAAACAUUUCAGUGCCGCUCUCGAGAAUAUCAUGCGUCAUUUGGGAUGGGAAGACUCGGGAGUGAAGGAUGACGGCGGCUAUCUGCGUCACCUCGGCUUUGCAGACGACAUCAUGUUUAUAACACCGAACAUGGAGCAGGCGGAACGAAUCCUGACCGAGUUUGACAGUGCUUGUGGAAAUAUCAUCUUGAGACUGCAUUUAACGAAGAAGAUGUUCAUUAAAAACGGAUCGGUACCUGAUGCUCCCUUCACGUUAAAUGGAACGAAUAUCAUCGAAUGUGCUAGCUAUGUGUAUCUAGGUCGACAAGUUAACAGUUGA